AUGUGUACACUUGUUCGGUACGUUUCUCCAACAAAUGGAUCUAUACGAACGGAGUUAUUGGAGCUGAUACCAUUAAAUGCGACUGAUUGUUCAGUAGUUAAAAUGUAUAAAGCAUUUAAACUAUGUUUUAAUCAGAAGGAUAUACCACUGAAUAAUAUAACAGGCUUGGCAUGUGAUGGUGCUAAUGUAAUGGCGGGAAAUCAUAAUUUUUUUUAUUCCCACUUAAAGACUGAUGUACCAUCUGUGAUACUCAUGAAAUGUAUUUGCCAUUCCACUGCUAUAAUAGCCAGUAAAGCGUGUCAACAAUUACCAAGAUCAACUGAAGAGCUCUUGAUACGGUACGCAACGACGCUCAGUACAAAGUAUUGA